GGCCUCAGAGGGGCCGGACCUAGCGGUCUAUAAAGAGUGAAGAGCUCGGCGCGCGCCCGGUCUGAGCGAGCGCGCCCUUGCUUCAAAGCGGUAGCGACUCUAGCGCCUCCGGCUAGGCCUCCAACCCUUCUCUACCCUACGUCUCAAUAGCCGCACCGCAGUUCUCCGGCCCUCAAGCGACCCAGGCUAUCUUCCAGUCCCGGACUCCGGUACUGCGUCCCCAGACCGCCCGCUCCAGGACCAACCCAAGCUCCGCAGGCCGCGCGCCGCCAUGGGGGUGGAAGGCUGCACCAAAUGCAUCAAAUACCUGCUCUUCGUCUUCAAUUUCGUCUUCUGGCUGGCUGGAGGUGUGAUCCUAGGUGUAGCUCUGUGGUUGCGCCAUGAUCCACAAACCACCAGCCUUCUCUACCUGGAACUGGGAGACAAACCAGCACCUAGCACCUUCUAUGUGGGCAUCUACAUUCUCAUUGCUGUGGGAGCUGUGAUGAUGUUUGUAGGCUUCCUGGGGUGCUAUGGGGCCAUCCAGGAGUCCCAGUGCCUGCUGGGGACGUUCUUCACUUGCCUUGUGAUCCUGUUUGCCUGUGAGGUAGCUGCGGGCAUCUGGGGCUUUGUAAACAAAGACCAGAUCGCCAAGGAUGUGAAGCAGUUCUACGACCAGGCCCUUCAGCAGGCUGUGAUGGAUGAUGAUGCCAACAAUGCCAAGGCAGUGGUGAAGACCUUCCAUGAGACGCUCAACUGUUGUGGCUCCAAUACGCUGACCACACUGACCACCACCGUGCUGAGGAACAGCCUGUGUCCCUCAAGCAGCAACUCAUUCACUCAGCUUCUGAAGGAAGACUGCCAUCAGAAAAUCGAUGAGCUCUUUUCUGGGAAGCUGUACCUCAUUGGAAUUGCAGCCAUUGUGGUAGCUGUCAUUAUGGUAAGCACAGGGCCUCUGGUGGGUAGGCGGGCAGAAAGCAUCCUUCCCAGGGUCUUAGGUGCUGACUGUGCCUCUCCCUCCUGCAGAUCUUCGAGAUGAUUCUGAGCAUGGUGCUGUGCUGUGGCAUCCGGAACAGCUCCGUGUACUAAGGCCCUUCGCUUCGCACCAGAGGGUCCCUGGAAUGACCAGAGGCCACCUUGGGGGCCAUGGCCUGUGUAUAUACUAUUUCUGUAUUACUCUGCUACACUUAGCCUUUUUACUUUUGAGUCUUUUUUGUUCUGAACUUUUCCUGUCACCUUUUGGAGCCGACACCACACAUAGGUGGCGUAUGUGGGGACGUAGAGGUGGAGCUGGCCCUAGCUGGCAGGGCCCUGUACUUCUGGGACCCCUGGAGAGUUCUGCCUGCUGAGCCAAACCUCCUCCAUAGCUACUUGUCCAGAGGCCACAUAGCCAAGCUAGAAGGCCAUGUCCACCCACUCUGCCCACUGUGGGUCACAUCGCUCCCAUCUUUUUAAUCCUUGUCCCUUUCCUGCCUCCAUUUCAAGAGCUGGGUUUGUAAGCACUCUUAUGCCUUCAAUGCACUUAUUCUUUCUAACGUGUCACCUUCAACUGUAAUUAAAUCUUGAAACAGUCAUUUAAUAAAGGAGGAAAAAAUCAGGCAUGCUAA